AUGAAAAAAAGUUUUUUUAACCCAAAUGAUGAUGAUUUUAUAAACCCAAAUUUUAUAGAAGUAGGUGUACCAACGGAAUACAGUUUUUUUAACCCAAAUGAUGAUGAUUUUAUAAACCCAAAUUUUAUAGAAUAG